CCACCGUUGCGCUCGCCACGUCUUCCUUAGCGAGCUUGUGGGGGACAGGCAGGGGGAGGGAAAACUGAGCGGGGCGGGAACUAUCUCCUCUCGCGAGAGCUGGCGACGGCGGCGGCGGCGGCGGCGGCGGCGUGUCCGUGAGAGUGGCGUGGGGGCAGGGAGGAGAGGCAGCGGCGGCAGCGUCCAAGCUACGCAACUUGGGCAGGGGCGUUGGGAGCGGGAGUGCAGAGCGUGGUCGUGGCGGCGGCGGUGAGAAGAGCGAGGCGGAGGAGGGGGUGCCAUGGCCGGGCAGCAGUUCCAGUACGAUGACAGUGGGAACACCUUCUUCUACUUCCUCACCUCCUUCGUGGGGCUCAUCGUGAUCCCGGCGACAUACUACCUCUGGCCCCGAGACCAGAAUGCCGAGCAAAUUCGAUUAAAGAAUAUCAGAAAAGUAUACGGAAGGUGUAUGUGGUAUCGUUUACGGUUAUUAAAACCCCAGCCAAAUAUUAUUCCUACAGUAAAGAAAAUAGUUCUGCUUGCAGGAUGGGCAUUGUUCUUAUUCCUUGCAUAUAAAGUUUCCAAAACAGACCGAGAAUACCAAGAAUACAAUCCUUAUGAAGUAUUAAAUUUGGAUCCUGGAGCUACAGUGGCAGAAAUUAAAAAACAAUAUCGUUUGCUGUCACUUAAAUAUCAUCCAGAUAAAGGAGGUGAUGAGGUUAUGUUCAUGAGGAUAGCAAAAGCUUAUGCUGCUUUAACUGAUGAAGAGUCCCGGAAAAAUUGGGAAGAAUUUGGAAAUCCAGAUGGGCCUCAAGCCACAAGCUUUGGAAUUGCCCUGCCUGCUUGGAUAGUUGACCAGAAAAAUUCAAUUCUGGUUUUACUUGUGUAUGGAUUGGCAUUUAUGGUUAUCCUUCCAGUUGUGGUGGGGUCUUGGUGGUAUCGCUCAAUACGCUAUAGUGGAGACCAGAUUCUAAUACGCACAACACAGAUUUAUACAUACUUUGUUUAUAAAACCCGAAAUAUGGAUAUGAAACGUCUUAUCAUGGUUUUGGCUGGAGCUUCUGAAUUUGAUCCUCAGUAUAAUAAAGAUGCCACAAGCAGACCAACGGAUAAUAUUCUAAUACCACAGCUAAUCAGAGAAAUUGGCAGCAUUAAUUUAAAGAAGAAUGAGCCUCCACUUACCUGCCCAUAUAGCCUGAAGGCCAGAGUUCUUUUACUGUCUCAUCUUGCUAGAAUGAAAAUUCCUGAGACCCUUGAAGAAGAUCAGCAAUUCAUGCUAAAAAAGUGUCCUGCCCUACUUCAAGAAAUGGUUAAUGUAAUCUGCCAACUGAUAGUAAUGGCCCGGAACCGUGAAGAAAGGGAGUUUCGUGCUCCAACUUUGGCAUCCCUAGAAAACUGCAUGAAGCUCUCUCAGAUGGCUGUUCAGGGACUUCAGCAAUUUAAGUCUCCCCUUCUGCAGCUCCCUCAUAUUGAAGAGGACAAUCUUAGACGGGUUUCUAAUCAUAAGAAGGAUUUGGUGAGUUUAAAAGAAUCAGAUCGUCACACUCUACUGCACUUCCUUGAAGAUGAAAAAUAUGAAGAGGUUAUGGCUGUCCUUGGGAGUUUUCCAUAUGUGACCAUGGAUAUAAAAUCACAGGUGUUAGAUGAUGAAGAUAGCAACAACAUCACAGUAGGAUCCUUAGUUACAGUGUUGGUUAAGUUGACAAGGCAAACAAUGGCUGAAGUAUUUGAAAAGGAGCAGUCCAUCUGUGCUGCAGAGGAACAGCCAGCAGAAGAUGGGCAGGGGGAAACUAACAAGAACAGGACAAAAGGAGGAUGGCAACAGAAGAGUAAAGGACCCAAGAAAACUGCUAAAUCAAAAAAAAAGAAACCUUUAAAAAAAAAACCUACACCUGUGCUGUUACCACAGUCAAAGCAACAGAAACAAAAGCAGGCAAAUGGAGUUGUUGGGAAUGAAGCUGCAGUAAAGGAAGAUGAAGAAGAAGUUUCAGAUAAGGGCAGUGAUUCUGAAGAAGAAGAAACCAAUAGAGAUUCCCAAAGUGAAAAAGAUGAUGGUAGUGACAGAGACUCUGAUAGAGAGCAAGAUGAAAAACAAAACAAAGAUGAUGAAGCAGAGUGGCAAGAAUUACAACAAAGCAUACAGCGAAAAGAGAGAGCUCUACUGGAAACCAAAUCAAAAAUAACACAUCCUGUGUAUAGCCUUUACUUUCCUGAGGAAAAACAAGAAUGGUGGUGGCUUUACAUUGCAGAUAGGAAGGAGCAGACAUUAAUAUCUAUGCCAUAUCAUGUGUGUACACUGAAAGAUACAGAGGAGGUAGAGCUGAAGUUUCCCGCACCAGGCAAGCCUGGAAAUUAUCAGUAUACUGUGUUUCUGAGAUCAGACUCCUAUAUGGGUUUGGAUCAGAUUAAACCAUUGAAGUUGGAAGUUCAUGAGGCUAAGCCUGUGCCAGAAAAUCACCCACAGUGGGAUACAGCAAUAGAAGGGGAUGAAGACCAGGAGGACAGUGAGGGCUUUGAAGAUAGUUUUGAGGAAGAAGAGGAGGAAGAGGAAGAUGAUGACUAAGUAGUACUCUGAACGGACCACAGUGUUUGCACAUAUUUGCAAUUUUUUGCUGUUUUGGAAGUAUAUAAUAAACCAGAGACAGUACAGAACUGAUGUUGAGGGAGGUGUAGUUUUUUUUACUCUAGAAAUGGGUGCAUAAUAUAACUAGGCAGUGGUGCCUUGGUACAACCUGAAAAAUGUUAAGGCUUAUUGAAACCUUUCAAGUAUGGGAUGGUGCAUUUAUUUCAUCUGCAAAUGAUAAUAAAUCCUUUGUUAUUAUAACUGUCCAAAAGUGUGGGCUAUGUAUUAUCAGUCUGUGGUCCCAGUAAAAGUAAAGAUGCAGGAAACACAGUCUAUAAAUGAGCGACUUUUCUUUGUUCAGCUUUAGUUUUAGCAAACACCACAAAUAUGUUUUAAGUAACAUUGCUCAAGUUUAUAAUCUCUUGAUAAGCUCUAUUAUUGACAUUUUGCAGUGAUACAAGACUGUAACAGCUCCAUUCAUAGAUUUAAACUUUUAUUUUUACUUAUCUUGGUCAUAAGUUGUCAUUCUCUCACAUUCCACAUGAUACAGAGGGCUACAUUUUGGAAUUUUCUUAAUUGUCCAGUUAUCGGACAGAUUAUAAAAAUGGCUUUUAAUGGCUUAAAACAUUUCUAAACCUGUAUCUUAGCAGAUCAGUGCAGGAUCUAAUUCUUUUGAUAAGCUGUAGCUCUAAAGUGAUAGUGGGACCAUAUGUUUUCUGAUAUUGGUGGCUUAUGUUAUUAAACCUUUUAUUAAAAAGGUUCACUUUAAAAGCUGAACUACAUCCUUAGUUUUCAGUCUACCUGACUCUAUCAGGAGCUUUUUAAGGAAAGUAAGUAUAACAUGCAAAGGAAGCUUUUUUUGUAUUCAUUUUGGACUCCUGUCAAUAAAAAUAGAAGUUUGUUGACUCGUUUUAUGUUUCAAUGGUGUGUGUCUUUUUACUGUCAGGGCAUAAAUAGGGCAAUCCAUUUCUUUAUUUUUCAACUAAAAAUUGAAUAGUAUUGUACAUUACUGCUAAAGUGACUGCUAUUUCUGUGUAGUAUAGAAAAACCCAGGAGUAAGAGGGAUUUCCCCUUGUAGUACAGCUGGAAAGAUAGUGCUUGUAAAGAGUAGAGAUGUAUACAUGAUGAAUCAUUGAGGGAGGGUGGAUAUUUUUAUUCCUAGAUGUGGAGGAAGCAUAAGUCUGUAGUAUUAUAAAACUGAUUAUAAUAAUCCUUUCCCAUCAAAAUUUCCAUAGGUCAAAAUAUUGUUGGAAUACUACAAUUUGCAACCUUGUUUACUUAAAAGGUUGCCACUUUCAGUGCAGAAUUACCACUGGUAUCUUAUUACUGCAGUAGUUGGAAAUAAAAAUUGAAAAUUACCAAAACCAUGAAUGGUUUUUUUGGUUCUAAAUUUAGGAUGUAAUAUUUUCUAUCAAAUGGUCAAAGCAGUUUUUUUCACUAUAACCUCAAUCACCAGUUUAGUGAGACCCUUUCUUGGCAGGCAGGAGGCAGUGUCACUGAGGAUUUUUUUCAUUUACUUCAUUGAACAAGUAAGAGGGUGGGUUUAAUUUUCAAAUCAGGUUCUGCUGUGAAGCACUAGUGUCUUGAGGCAGCUACUGAUUACUUAAGUGUGGUGGCGGGGUGAGCCAGCUGGUGUCAAGUGAAAGGAGGGAUUAGAGAAAACAGGUGUGGCACAAAGGCAAGGAAACAGAGCAGACAAGACACAACAAUGUGUAGAAUGCAUAUUUCCUAGUUUUCUUGAAAGAUUUCAAGAAAAGUCUGUUUUUUCUAGUGGCUACUUUGCCUUAAAGAGGCUUUGUAAGUUCAUUCACACAGCUGGCUUCUCUCUGGGUUUAAGAUUCUGGAGAGGAGGGUAACCUAGUAACUCACCACAGUGCUUAAAAAACCACCAUCACCAGAAAAUUCCAAUAGUUGGUUUUCUUUUUCUCUUUGUGUGAUGUGUAUGUACUUCCCAACUAAGUAAAAUAAAAUUUCCUCUAGUGAGUACUUUAGGUAACCUCUUUCCAUAUGGCAGUAGUGAAAGAACUGAGCCUUCAGUGGAUAGUUCUUAUCUGUCCAGCGAGUCGCUGAAAUCCACAUCCCUUUGUUUUUCCUCUGGAAUGAGAAUAGCAAACUAUGUAUCCUAGUUUGCAUUUAAUCUAAUGGAAACUUGAGUGAAGUUUCAGUGUUCUUCCUAUAAAAAAACUGACACGUUGUCAACAGUUGAUGAGCCUAUAGAUGAUAGAGUGUAUAGGAAGUGAAAUUGAAAGUUACUUAAAUUAUGUGAUAUUUUUCUCUAAUUGGUAAAGUACCUAUUAAAAUACAGCUGUUCAUGAGGAGACUUAGUUACCACAAUUAAAAGUGUAGCAGUUGUGAUUUUUAGCAUUAUAAUAUUUGAUUGAGGCCCUGAGGUGUUAAUAUGUCAAUCUCAGAGUUAGAUGUUCAUGUCCUUUUUGAAUUGUUUAAACAUUUUUCAUGAAUUUUUUUUUUUUAAAGUUAGGGAGCACAUUGAGUGAAGUUCUCUGUGUAGAAAAUACCUUCUGCUCUGCUUCUCCCAGCUUGCACUGAGGGCUGGAAAAGGACAGGCCUGUCCAGCUGUACUGUCCCACUGUGUGCGGGGAAGCUCAGGCUCUGGUGGAAGCAGGGGGGCGUAGAUGUCAAACAACUGAUGAUGAAACAGGGAGGGAGAGAUAUAAUAAGGCUCUCUAGGCAUGUUAUUUUUGACCACAAGCUUUGUUCAGUUUGCUUCAGCCAAUCCAAACCAUAUACUAGUGUUCUGUAGUCACAAUUCUUAUUUCAAAUGUAAUUCAGCACCUUACAUAAUGUUUGAGGAGUUGUCAUUCAUCACAUAUUUACUGAGUUUCUAUGUGCCAGGCUCUGUGAUUGGAUACUAGAGCUAUCAAAAAAAAAAAAAAAAAAAAA